CCGUAAAUCGGUGUCGGCGAGAUGACUCGCGGUAACCAGCGAGAAAUGGACCGCCUGAAGGCGCAGAAGAAGGCUACGGCUGCUAAGGGCAAGCCCAAGGAGAGCGCGGCGUCGCUGCAGCAGCGACGCGAGAAGGACGCUGCAGCUCUGCGUGAGAAGCAGAAGAAGAAGGAAGAGGAAGCAGCACAGGCAGCGGCAGGAGGAGGUGGGAAGAAAUAACACUAUUAAUGGGAGGGUUCCCAUCAUGUUCUUGCCUCCGCCAUCCUCACUCCUGCUUCGCCGAUACUUUACUGUAGAGAGAUGGCUGUAUUGUCGCCGUUGAGUCGGCGUAGUGAAUUGCUGGGAGCGGUGCGGCGAUCUCGUGGCUGUAUGUUUCGGUGCGAGUUCUCUUAGAUCUCAAUUCGCUCAAGUGUAUCCCGUACGGGUCUGUCGAUGUUUGCAAUCUCAUACAAACAGAGUAUGUUGAG